GAACCACCCACGAUCUACUACUACCAGGUCGCACGAUCGGGCAGCAACUGAACCAACCAGCCAACCAACCAACCGCUGCCCUCGUCCACUCCACGACUCUUCUUCUUCUUCUGCUGCUGCUCCCUCUUCUUUACUCGCUCCGUCGUCGUCGCCGUCGCCCCCGCCUCAUAUAUUACCCGCUGCGCGUCGUCUGCCUUCACAUUCACACACACUCGCCCGCGGACAAACCAACGCGCGCGCUCCCACCACCACCUCCACAGCAGGCAGGCCAGCACAGCGGCAGCCGCAAAGAGCCAGCAGCUAGCGUCCAUUCAUGGCGCCUCUGCUCCUGCUCUUCCUCCUCGGCGGCCUCUGCGCCCUCUUCUCCCUCGCCUCCUCCUCCCGCGGCGCCAAGAAGUGCUGCGACGGCGGCGAGCAGGAGAAGAAGGCCAGCAAGGUGGAGGAGGGAGGGAAGGCCGGCAAGGCGGUGGAGGAGGCGCGGCCGGCGCCGGCGGACCGGGAGGCGGACCUGGGGAUCGUGUUCUCGACGUUCGACCACGACGGCGACGGCUUCAUCACGGCGGGGGAGCUGGAGGAGUCGCUGAAGCGGCUGGGCAUCGCCGUGUCCGCCGCCGAGGCCGCCGCCAUGGUGGCCCGCGUCGACGCCAACAGCGACGGCCUCAUCGACAUCCACGAGUUCCGCGAGCUCUACGACUCCAUCCCCAAGAAGCGCAAGGCCUCGCUGCUCCCUCCCUCCGCCGGCGCCGGCGCCGGCGCCGGGGAGGAGGAGGAGGACGAGGAGGGGGAGGAGAUGGACCUCAAGGAGGCGUUCGACGUGUUCGACGGCAACAAGGACGGGCUCAUCUCCGCCGAGGAGCUGGGCACCGUGCUGGGGUCGCUGGGCCUGCGCGGCCGCCCCGCCGCCGCCGAGUGCCGCGACAUGAUACGCCUCGUCGACAGCGACGGCGACGGCAUGGUCAACUUUGAGGAGUUCAAGCGCAUGAUGGCCGUCGUCAAGGCCUAGCCUCCACUCCACCCCCAUCGAUUCCUCCUCCUCUUCCCUCCCUCCCUCCCUUCCCCGGACAUCAAAAUUUUUGUUCUUGGAUUCUGCGAAUUCGAGAAACGUUGCUGUUGAUCUGCUAGCUGCUCUUGGACCGGAUCCGAAGAUCAGACAGCGAAGAAUCCACUAAUCAACCAGUUUAUUAUUACGGGAGAGGGGACUGGCCGGAAGCUAAAUCAGCUUCCUGCUCCGUGUGUUUCUCCCCUCCCCUGUUCUCUUCUUGCUGAUCAACUUGGUUUCUCCUCUCCUCUCCUCUCCUCUCCUAUGUCACUGACAAGUACCCUAUAUCAAGCAUGCAUGUAAAUAUUAUUUCUUGGUCGGCUGGUGAAAAAUGAAGAUCACUCAAUGCGUAAGAAUUGCCCUGUUGUCGUGCCA